AGAGGAGGCGGCCCCUCCAGCGGGAUCCUCCCCGGGCGGUGUGCGGGGACACCGGCCCGGCUCCGGGAGCCGCCGCCUCCCUGGAAACUCUCUCCCCGCGGCCGGGCCCGCCCGGACAGGAGGGACCCGCGAUGGACUCGGGCAGCGAGACCCACGAGCUGAACGGGCAGGCGGAGGGCGCGGAGCCGGCGGUUGCCGAGAGGCACAGAAGGUUGCAGUUCUUCCAAAGGAACGGGCCCCUCAACAUCAACCACUACGCCAACAAGAAGAGCGCGGCCGAGAGCAUGUUGGACAUCGCCCUGCUCAUGGCCAACGCGUCCCAGCUGAAAGCUGUGAUGGAGCAAGGACCCUCUUUCAACUUCUACAUCCCCCUCAUCGUUCUCAUCAGCCUGUCACUCACACUGCAAAUUAUGGUGGGGGUGCUCCUGAUAUUCCUUGUAAAAUAUGACCUUAACAACCCUGCAAAACAUGGAAAGCUGGAUUUCCUCAACAACCUUGCAACUGGACUAGUAUUCAUUAUAGUAGUUGUGAAUAUUUUUAUCACUGCCUUUGGAGUGCAAAAACCAAUUGCUGAUUCAGCACCAAAACAAUAAGUACCAGAGACCUGGAGCAUUCAUUCCAGAUGCCAUUUGCACUUGAGCCAGUUGCACCUGGACACAGUGGGGAAGACAGAAUUAUCUGAAGGAGCUGGACACACUGAGCAGCCUUCUCAAGUUUCCAACAACCAAUACGUUUGUGUACCUAAAAUUUUCCCUUCUGUUAAUAUUUAAACUGUUUGGAAUCUAGGAAAAGGUUGAUUUUGCCCCAAGGACAGUGCUUUUCUGCAAUAUUGGCAUUUCAAUCUCUGUAGGAACUCGUUCUUUUUCAGAGAAGUGACAUAAGCUCAUCGAGCAAGGAAAUAUCAUCUGGUAGCACUUCACAGGACUUUUCUUUUUAUGUGCCUUUGGUUUUUGUGGCAAUUUGUCGUUUCCACCAUGGUAAGAAACGUCAGGCCUUGGAUUCUGGCAUGGCCACAUUGUCCUUUAUUUCACAGCUUGGCACCAAGCCCAUGUACUCUGUAGCCCAGCUCUUUCUUUGCAGAGUGCAAAGGUAACUGUGCCUCAUUUUCCUUUUUUAAUUCUACUCUAGCUAAAGGAAAGAUGAGACAAACAGAAACAGUCAGCUCUCUUUUGUCCAGUUUUGCUCACAGGUUUGUCUUGUUUCUUCAUCUCUGGACACAAAGUUUCCUGUCCUUCAUGCACAGACACACAAAUAACCUAAUUGUUAAUAGUUUCUUACUAUGAACUGCUAUUCCCUGUAUUCUGUGCAUUGUAUGUAUUUCAUGGAAUCACAGAAUGGUUCAGGGUGGGUGGGACCUUGAAGAUUAUCUUGUUCCACCCCCUGCCCUGGGCAGGGACACCUUCCACUAGCCCAGGUUGCUCCAAGCCCCGUCCAACCUGGCCUUGGACACUUCCAGGGAUGGGGCAGCCACAGCUGCUCUGGGCAACCUGGGCCAGGGCCUCCCCACCCUCAUUGUAAAAACCUUCUUUCUUAUAUCAAAUUUCUGGAAACCCUGUUAGAAGCAGCACCUUUUCUAGGCUUAACUGGAAAACUAGAGGAUCGAGGGUGAACUGUACCUGUAAACUGGUCCCAAGUGCCUGUCAGCAAUUCAAGUGGCAAAAUGAAAGAAGUUUGUCUCUCUAUGGCUGAAUUUUCCCUCUUCCAAUCAUUGAUUGCUGCAAUUUUGUUACUCUUAUGAAUUUAUGGCUGAAAGCAUAAGUAAUUUUUAAAUUUUUAUUUUUAAGUAUAUAUAUAGAGAGAGAAAUAUCUUCUAGUUCUUACCUGCUGGCUCAGGGACUGAUACUUUUUCUAAAUACACUAUUGCUAGUAAUGGUGUGAGUUACAACAAAAACAUUUCAGUCAUUUUAUUUCAUCUGCAAUCAGAAAAAUCCAACUUUUCUAGGUUGUGUUUAUGUGUAGAUGCAGAUUUGUACUAAUCCAUUUCCUUACCAUUAAUUUUCAAAUGCUCCCUUGCACAUAGGAAUAGAAGUUUGACUUCCAUGUGUUCAUUUCAUUUACAGUUUUUAUUGCUCACAUUUCUCUUUGGUUAUGUCUCAAGGCUCACUGAUGUACAAGAUCUUCAUGUACAUGUUCUGUAAGAAUUGCUAACAGAAAACAAAUCAGAAACUUGUGUGAUGAGUAAUGGAAUUAUUUUUGAUUUUUUUAA